AUGCGAAUAAUAUUACCAGCUUUUGUUUUAGUUUUAAUACUGUUAGAAAGAAAGGCGUUCGCCAGGGACCGCACUUUGGUCCAUUUCAUAAAAAGUUACGUUGAAAAUGAAGAGAAACCUACUAUUUUGAUUAUGAAUAAUCUUUGCUGGGAUAAAAAGAUAGUGGUUAGUUUAGCAAAUGAACUAUCUAAAAUCGGCAGCAGGUCAUCGACAUCAAUGGGUGUGGAUUCACGAUAUUAUUACCAUGAUUUACUGUACCUGCUUGAUCUGGAUUGUCCAGGAGCUGAAGAAAUUAUUGCAUUGGCAACAGCAAGAAACCUCUUUCGUUCUCCAUACCGUUGGCUGGUGAUCACAGCUUGGUCCAAGAACGCUAACAUUGCUGCUCUAUGGAAUAGCCCGGUAUUAGCAGAUAGCGACUUAGUAUUGGCUGCGGGAAGUGGUGGUGUUUUGAAACUAGUUGAACUCCACAAACCAUCUCCCAACGGCACCAUGAUCUCAACUCUACGAGGCUUCUACAACGGCACUCUCUACGACGUGAGGCCUCACCGGGAGCUGUUCCGGAGACGCCGUGACGUCAUGGGCCAUACCAUCACCAUGUCCAACGUCAUCCAGGAUAGUAACACCACCGUGUAUCAUCUGCCGAGAGAGGAUGGCAUGGAGCCACAAUAUGACUCGAUAUCAAAGAUCUGCUGGAUGAACGUGAAACUAGCGUUCCAAAUGUUGAACGCCACGCCAGGGUACGUUUUCAGCUACCGAUGGGGAUACAAGGUUAACGGCAAGUGGUCUGGCAUGAUAGAUGAUAUCCAUUCUGGGAGAGCUGAAUUGGGUACAAACUGCGUGGUAUCAGACAUAGAGCGUUUAGACGUGGUUGCGUACACCGAUCGUCUCGCUCCCUUCAGAGUUCGCUUUGUAUUCCGUCAGCCACCUCUGCCGUAUGUCGCGAAUAUAUUCUCCAUGCCCUUCUCUAAGAACGUCUGGAUCGCCAUGUCUGUGUGUGCUGUGUUGAGUACGGCCACUGUGUAUUUGGCUGCUAAAUGGGAAGCUAAAGAAGGCAAGGGUCCGACACAACUAGACAGCAUCGGUGAUGCGAUGCUGCUUACGUUCAGCGCUAUAGGUCAGCAGGGUUGUGUGAUGGAACCUAGAAGACUAUCAGGUCGUAUGAUGGUAUUCGUGCUGUUCACGGCGCUGAUGGCGCUGUACGCCGCGUACUCCGCCAACAUCGUGGUGCUGCUGCAGGCGCCCUCCGACUCCAUCCGCAGCCUGCCGCAGCUCGCCAACGCUAAGAUCACCCUCGCUGCCAACGAUGUGGAUUAUAAUCAUUUCGUUUUCAAACUUCACAAAGACCCGGUGCGUGAGAUAGUUUACAAGCGAAUCGACCCGGAGAAAGGAAAGAAACAUUUCUACGAUCUCAAUGAAGGAGUCGAGAGAAUUAGACAGGGUCUGUUCGCGUUCCACUCGAUCGUGGAACCAGUAUACAUGAGGAUCGAGCAGACGUUCCUGGAGACGGAGAAGUGUGAUCUCAUGGAGGUGGACUUCCUCAACAGCUACGAUACCUUCGUGCCCGUGAGGAAGGAGUCGCCUUAUUUAGAGCUUUUGAGGGUCGUUUUCAAGCAGAUCCGCGAGUCCGGCAUCCAGUCAGCCCUAUCAAAACGUCUCCAAGUACCGAAGCCGCACUGCACCAGCAAGAUGUCCUCGUUCAGCAGCGUGGGGCUGAUGGACAUGAAGCCUGUGCUGAUCCUCAUGCUGUACGGCGUCUGUCUGUCCGUCACCAUCGCUGCUGCCGAGAUCCUUGUGUUUAAACUGUGAGUGUCCAAACGACUUCAAGUGCACCCCACUGCACCAGCAAGAUGUCCUCGUUCAGCAGCGUGGGCCUGAUGGACAUGAAGCCUGUGCUCAUUCUCAUGCUGUACGGCGUCUGUCUGUCCGUCACCAUCGCUGCUGCCGAGAUCCUUGUGUUUAAACUGUGAGUGUCCAAGCGUCUCCAAGUGCCGAAGCCGCACUGCACCAGCAAGAUGUCCUCGUUCAGCAGCGUGGGGCUGAUGGACAUGAAGCCUGUGCUGAUCCUCAUGCUGUACGGCGUCUGUCUGUCCGUCACCAUCGCUGCUGCAGAGAUCCUUGUGUUUAAACUGAGCGAGCACAGAAAAAAAUACAAGGUUGAGUCAACGGAGCCACCAUCACCAUAAAAAUACUAUAUCAGCUUCUUUAUUCGCAGUAGUAUUACGUAGUUUCUAUUUAGUCAUCUGUGAUAGUAUAUUGUAUUUCAAUAAAAUUAAAAGGAUGAGGUUGAAAUAAAACAAAUACAGCCGUUAAAGGUUAAUUUAAUUGUACUAGCUAGGUUCAAAACAUUUUAAAUGCUCAUCAUUCAUAAACCAAAACCGUACAUAAAGCAAGUAGCACACCGAAAUACUAAUAUGUUGAAAAAUGCACAUAAAUUAAAAUAUUCUUGAAAACUUGCUGAUAUUUUUUCAUUGACUUAUCUUAGAUACACGUUUAGGCCUUUUUCAAAUUUAAUCAAAGAGGAUACAAACAAAGAGGUAAAAUAUCAAUAUUACAUUGCUUUUAAUUUCGUGAAAAUAUUUCAGCUUACAAAAAGCACAAAUAAGUAAAAGUUAACGUCAUUUUAGUACCUAUACUUUAGUAACUAGUUUCGGUAUGCCUUAACAUAAUUAUAAACUUUAGAAGUUGACAAGCUUAACUUUACUACUCAAAAUAAAUUACUACGAAAGACGGAAAGGUAAAGAUUUUCUUCUCACUGGAAAUACAGCAAAAUUUGCUAUAACUGGACCGCUGGACCGCUUAAGAAAGCUAGAAAUUAACUUCUUCAGUAUUAAACCAUACCUUACCUAAUCUAGCCCAACGCUGGGUAAAGUACUCAUACCACAAAAAAUUUAAUAUCAAUUUUAUUGCUAAAAACACAAAAUCAUCACUAUUUUUUUUACUUACUAAAAAAAAUCGAAAAUAACCUAGUCAUAUAAAAUGCGAGGUUCAUGGAAUUCUUUGCCCAGCAGUGGGAGUCAAAUGCCAAUAAAACUGAAAUUCGGUGACUUACAUACUAUUUAAACUAGUUUUAACUAGAUCCGUAAGUAUCUAGAGUUCUAAAUAAAUAAUUGAAAACUUCCGACAGUUUGCACAAAGUUGGAACAAUACUUUUAUUUCAAUCUAACCCUUUUUGUUCUAAACUUAAGGUUGGUUUUUGAAUCGUUCGUGAU